GCGGCCGGGCCCGCGAUGCCGAACCAGAAGGGCGGCAAGGGCAAGAAGAACAAGCGCGCCAACAGCAGCGGCGACGAGCAGGAGAACGGGGCGGCGGCGGGCGGCGGAGCCUCGGCGGCGGCGGGCGGCGGUGCCUCGGGUGGCGGAGCCGGAGCGGCGGCCGCGGGCGGCGGCGGCGGAGCGGGCGGCGGGGCAGGCGGAGCGGCGGCCGCGGGCGGCGCGGCGCCCGGAGACGUCAAGAGCGAAGCUCCUUGUGCUACUCCACUGAUCUGUAGCUUUGGAAGGCCAGUGGACCUGGAGAAGGAUGACUACCAGAAGGUUAUAUGCAACAACGAGCACUGUCCGUACAGCACUUGGAUGCACCUUCAGUGCUUCUACGAGUGGGAAAGCAGCAUCCUCGUCCAGUUCAAUUGCAUUGGCAGAGCCAGGAGCUGGAACGAAAAGCAGUGUCGCCAAAACAUGUGGACCAAGAAGGGAUAUGACCUGGCUUUUCGCUUUUGCUCCUGUCGGUGUGGGCAGGGUCAUUUAAAGAAGGACACUGACUGGUACCAGGUGAAACGAAUGCAGGAUGAUAAGAAGAAGAAAUCAGUGUUGGAGAAGAGUACGGGGAGGUCCGUGGCGGAGUCAGCAGAGGAGGCCAAAAAGGGCAGGCCAGCCAACAAGCCCCAGAAAGGCUUGAGUAAUGACCUCCAGCGAAGGCACUCGAUGGACAGGCAGAACUCCCAAGAGAAGGGUGUGAUGGGCGGCAGCUACGCCGUUCGUUCACCUUGUGUCUCUCCUGGCCAAUCCCCGCCCACCGGCUACUCUAUUCUUGCCCCCACGCACUUCAGUGGGCCUCGUUCCUCGCGAUACUUGGGAGAGUUUUUGAAGAACGCCAUUCACCUGGAGCCCCAUAAGAAGAACAUGGCUGGUGGGGGCAUGUUCAGGAAUGCACAUUUUGAUUACGGGACAGCUGGCUUGCAAGCACAUAGGUCAGGACACUUCGAUGCUCCUGUGCAGUUUUUGAGAAGGCUCGAUCUAUCUGAGCUGCUCACCCACAUCCCCAGGCAUAAAUUGAAUACUUUCCAUGUGCGGAUGGAAGAUGAUGCCCAGGUGGGCCAAGGGGAAGAUCUUCGGAAGUUCAUCCUUGCUGCUCUCAGUGCCAGCCACAGGAACGUUGUAAACUGUGCUCUAUGCCACAGGGCGCUGCCAGUGUUUGAACAGUUUCCGCUGGUGGAUGGGACCCUAUUCCUUAGCCCAUCAAGACAUGAUGAGAUUGAAUAUGAUGUUCCCUGUCACCUUCAAGGAAGGCUUAUGCACCUCUAUGCUGUUUGUGUAGACUGCUUAGAAGGGGUUCACAAAAUUAUCUGCAUCAAGUGCAAGUCCCGAUGGGAUGGAAGCUGGCAUCAGCUGGGAACUAUGUAUACCUAUGAUAUUCUGGCAGCAUCUCCCUGUUGUCAGGCUCGACUGAACUGUAAGCACUGUGGGAAGCCAGUAAUAGACGUACGGAUUGGCAUGCAGUAUUUCUCUGAAUACAGCAAUGUCCAGCAGUGUCCUCACUGUGGAAAUCUAGACUACCACUUCGUGAAGCCAUUUUCUUCAUUUAAAGUUUUGGAGGCUUAUUGACGAAAGCUUUGCUUUAGUAAUAGCUAUUUUAUGGGUAACCAAGGACAAACAUGUUGUAAGGCCACUGGUGAGAAAACCCCUCGAAAAUAUACUUGUCCAAAAGGUUCCUUGUUGAGACAUUCUUGGAUUGCACUUUUGCAGAUGGAAGAAUAUGUACAUAGCAAAUGAAUGUUGAUGAAAUUAAAAUAAUUGGUUAUGAUAUCAUUUACAUGUGUUGUUAGAGAAUAUUUUGUUGUGGCUUCUCUGUAUUAAAAAGUAAUAAAUACCAGACAGCUAAUAGUGUU